AUGAGGGUAGGAAAGCAAUCUUCUGUAAUUCGCAGAACCUGGAGCAGACCUGUUCAUGUCGACAACAGAUUUCUUGUCGGAAUGGUGAAAAGAGAACAGAAGCCGAAAGUUGCAACCUUUCCAGAGACCCAACAUGAUAUAUGCAAGAAUUUUCGUCGUCUCAGUUCACUUCACGGAGCAAAGAACAGAGAGAGCCAUGGACCUCUUUUCGAUCAGAGAAUCGCCGAUCUCUGCGAUAACUUUCUGAUUCAGGUCGCUGCUGGAGGAAUCCCUUAUCACGAAGAAUGGCCUUACGCAAUCCAUCUCCUUGGUCACACUUAUACCGAAGAUAUCAAUAGUGCCCGUUUCCUCUGGAAAACGUUACCUAGGAACAUCAAAGAAAGCAGACCCGAACUAGUCGCAGCUUGGAAUAUUGGUCAGAAGCUGUGGAGACAUGAUUAUGCAGGUGUAUAUGAAGAUGUUCGUGGUUAUGAUUGGAGUCCGGAAGCUAAAGAUAUUGUUGUUGCAUUCUCAGAUAUUUACACCAGAAAGAUGUUUCAGCUCUUGUCGUCUGCUUACUCGUCUAUCACAAUCCGCGAUAUGGCACUGUCCCUAGGAAUGACAGAGGCCGAUGCCUGCGACAUAUGUAAUGAAGGAAGGGUGGAGUGUGGAUUCAGAAUCUGUAAUGGCGAAUGUUAAGAAGAAGGGCAAGAAGGAAGAGCAGAAUGUGAUGAUGGAUGCUUCAAAGCUGCAGCUUUUGACAGAGUAUGUGUUCCACUUAACAUUAGUUUUUUUUUGUCAUUCAUGGUUUCUUCUUAUUAUGCAAAAAACCAUUGAUUUAUUAUUAUUUUUUUUACGCGUUUUGCCUUUGUUGCAUAUUCUAAAAUAAAGAAAUAUAAUAUUUUGGACCGACCCCUCAACCCAAAAAAAAAAGGGGUCGAGAAAUCUUAUCAAUUCGAACACGGUUUUGUGGUUAA